UGGGCGCCGGCGUGGAGCUGCCGCACGUGGGAGGGCUCGCGUAGGACGAGCAGCUCCCUCGGUCGCUGCAGCCGCAGCCGCUGUUGCCUUCUCGGCUAGGCCACCUCUCGGCUCCCUGGCGCCCCGCCUCCCUCACCCCCAAACCGGAGGACAGCACGCUCGCCGUCGCCGCCUCUCGGCGCUCCCAUGAUCGCCCGGUGCCUUUCGGCUGUGCGAGACCUCCACAGAGUUGGUGGUUUCAGGGUUUUAUUCAGAAUGACGCUUGGAAGAGAAGUGAUGUCUCCUCUUCAGGCAAUGUCUUCCUAUACUGCAGCUGGCAGAAAUGUUUUAAGAUGGGAUCUUUCACCAGAGCAAAUUAAAACAAGAACUGAGGAGCUCAUUGUGCACACCAAACAGGUGUACGAUGCUAUUGGAAUGCUUGACCUUGAGGAAGUAACUUACGAGAACUGUUUGCAGGCACUGGCUGAUGUAGAAGUGAAAUAUAUAGUGGAACGAACCAUGCUAGACUUUCCCCAGCAUGUCUCCCCUGACAAAGAAGUACGGGCAGCAAGCACAGACGCAGACAAAAGACUUUCUCGUUUCGAUAUCGAGAUGAGCAUGAGAGAAGACAUAUUUCUGAGAAUUGUCCACUUACAGGAAACCUGUGACCUGGGGAAGAUAAAGCCUGAAGCCAGACGAUACUUGGAAAAGUCAGUUAAAAUGGGGAAAAGGAAUGGGCUCCAUCUUCCAGAGCAAGUACAAAAUGAAAUCAAAGCAAUGAAGAAAAGAAUGAGUGAGCUAUGUAUUGACUUUAACAAAAACCUCAAUGAGGACGAUACCUUCCUUGUAUUUUCCAAGGCUGAACUUGGUGCUCUUCCUGAUGACUUCAUUGACAGUUUAGAAAAGAUGGAUGAUGACAAGUAUAAAAUUACCUUAAAAUAUCCACACUAUUUUCCUGUCAUGAAAAAAUGUUGUGUCCCUGAAACCAGAAGGAAGAUGGAAAUGGCUUUUAAUACAAGGUGUAAAGAGGAAAACACCACAAUUCUGCAGCAGCUACUCCCACUUCGGGCCAAAGUAGCCAAACUGCUCGGCUACAGCACACAUGCUGACUUUGUCCUUGAAAUGAACACUGCGAAGAGCACAAGCCAUGUAACAGCUUUUCUAGAUGAUUUAAGCCAGAAAUUAAAACCCUUGGGUGAGGCAGAACGAGAGUUUAUUUUGAAUCUGAAGAAAAAGGAAUGUGAAGAGAGAGGUUUCGAAUAUGAUGGGAAAAUCCAUGCCUGGGAUCUCCAUUACUAUAUGACUCAGACGGAAGCACUCAAGUACUCCAUAGACCAAGAGAUCCUCAAGGAAUACUUCCCAAUUGAAGUGGUCACGGAAGGCUUGCUGAACAUCUACCAGGAGUUGUUGGGACUUUCAUUUGAGCAAGUGACAGAUGCUCACGUGUGGAAUAAAAGUGUUACGCUUUACACGGUGAAGGAUAAAGCCACAGGAGAAGUAUUGGGACAGUUCUACUUGGACCUCUAUCCAAGGGAAGGGAAAUACAACCAUGCAGCCUGCUUCGGCCUCCAGCCUGGCUGCCUCCUCCCAGACGGGAGCCGCAUGAUGUCUGUGGCGGCCCUGGUGGUGAACUUCUCACAGCCUCUAGCAGAUCGUCCCUCUCUCCUGAGGCACGAUGAGGUGAGGACUUACUUCCAUGAGUUUGGUCAUGUCAUGCAUCAGAUUUGUGCACAGACUGAUUUUGCACGAUUUAGUGGAACAAAUGUGGAAACUGACUUUGUAGAGGUGCCAUCACAGAUGCUUGAAAAUUGGGUGUGGGACACUGAUUCCCUCCGAAGACUAUCAAAACAUUAUAAAGAUGGAAGACCUAUUAUGGAUGAUCUGCUUGAAAAACUUGUUGCUUCUAGACUGGUCAACACAGGUCUUCUGACUUUACGCCAGAUUGUUUUGAGCAAAGUUGAUCAGUCUCUCCACACCAAUGCGUCGCUGGAUGCUGCAAGUGAAUAUGCCAAAUACUGUGCAGAAAUUUUAGGUGUUGCGGCUACUCCAGGCACAAAUAUGCCAGCUACUUUUGGACAUUUGGCAGGAGGAUAUGAUGGCCAAUACUAUGGAUAUCUUUGGAGUGAAGUGUUUUCCAUGGAUAUGUUUUACAGCUGUUUUAAAAAAGAAGGGAUAAUGAAUCCAGAGGUUGGAAUGAAAUACAGAAACCUAAUCCUGAAACCUGGGGGAUCUCUGGACGGCAUGGACAUGCUCCAGAAUUUCUUGCAACGUGAUCCAAACCAAACAGCGUUCCUGAUGAGCAGAGGCCUGCACACCCCGUAGGCUGGGGCUCUUUGGUAGCCGACCACGUCUGGAGGACAAGCAGACACCACCAUGUGUCACUGGCCUGGAAACUGAAGGGAGUUUUGCAAGUGAAAAUUUACAUUUCUAUUGACUGCUUUUUGUUGUUUGAGUUGAAAAAAAUGACACAGAUGUAAAUGGAAUCCUAACUACUGUGACCUAAGAAGAGGCCAAUUCGAAAAUAAUUAGACUAUAAAAUUUCAUUAAAAAAAUAGAUGUGAUUUUCUUUUUGAUAAAAGUUUCAUAUGAAUGUAAUUUGAUUUUUUUACUCUUGUAAUCUAGAUAAUAUAAUGUAAGAGGGCUCAGAAUUUUUCAAUUGAAUCAUAUACAUUGCAUAAUUUGAUCCUUCUUAGAUCAUGCCGUUUUAUACUUGGGAUUUCUGGAUAUAAAUGAAUCACCAUAUUCCUCUGGUAAAUAUUUUCUGCGAACUCUGCAUCAACUUGGACUCUGUCUAACAGUCAAGUGUGACCUCUUUGCCUACAUACCUCAGGGCCAUGGGACUAUGCCCCAGUAAUGCAUUUAUCGUUGCGUUUCAGGCCACGUGAUUCCCAACUUUCUGCCACACUUAAAAUAUGUUCCUCCAUUUGGGUUUAUCUUUUCUGUCUAAAGUCCAGUCAAAGAGUACCAAACAGUUAUGAAUUUUAACUGAACUAGCCCAACAUAUAUUGCAUGUUUUUGUAUUUUGUACCGUUUCCCCAAAAAUAAGACCAUGUCUUAUAUUAAUUUUUGCUCCAACAAUCUGUAUUUAUUCAUUUAUUCAUGUACAAAAAUUGACAUUUAUUCGAACAGUCGUGUCUGGCUGACGAUCUUAACUGGGGCUUAUGUUUGGGGUAGGGCUUAUAUGACGAGCAUCCUGAAAAAUCAUGCCAGGGCUUAUUUUCUAGUUGGGUCUUAUUUUCGGGGAAACACGGUAUUAGAGGAUUUGGAAUCUUGUUUUAGAGGAUCCUUUCCACGUCAGCAUACAAGAUUGUCAGUCUUUUUACAUAUUUGCCCAUUAGAACACUGAGGCAAGUCCAAGGAAGUGUUCUCCUGUUUCUCAGAAGUGGUGGGGACUUUGCCUCCUUCACUGCCCACCUCACCCAGAGUGGCAGGU